ACCCCAUACUAUCCUCUGAGUCUGCUCUGCACGCGACCGCACCACACACGUUUCCAACAAAAGGAAGCAAUUUGAACGAGCACUGAGCGGGAAAUAAGCUCGUUCUAUUCAUAAAACCUAUUUCCUUAAGCUAUCAACAUUGAACACCUGGUUUUACCAGCUGCCAGUGUCCGUUGGCAAUUUCCCGCUCGACCUGUAUGUAUCACACCGCAAACAAAGACAUAAAGACAGCUGGCUUAAUGGCAUAGGCUACUCACUUCGCGUUGCAGCCAAAAACGUGUCCAUUCAUGGGUCUGAAUCUCAGAGAUGUUUCCUUGUGUUGCGCCUGGAUCAUCAGUGUUGCCUCUUUUAGGGUGAAUGUUCCUGAAAGGUGUUUGCUGGCAAUCCGAGGUCGUCCAGCUGUACUGGGCUGUGAGUUCACACCUGAUCCUGACCUGUCCAGUCUGGUGGUUACCUGGCAACGUCAGGAGGACUCACGAGUCGUCCACAGUUUCUAUUAUCAACAGGACAAAUUGGACAGACAGAGUCCAGAAUAUCACAAUCGGACCUCAUUGUAUAUUUCUGAGCUUGGUAAAGGAAAUGCCUCUCUAAGAAUGCAUCCAGUUGGACCAAAGGAUGCAGGCCGGUACCUGUGUCAAGUGAGCAAUGCUAAAGGGACAGGAAAAGCCCUGAUAGAACUGGACUAUGGAGCCCUUUAUUCAGAGCCCAGGUUCAACAUUCAUGUGAACUCCACUGCUGUGAGUGUGCAGUUUGAGACCGAGGGUUUCCCCAAACCUGAGGUGAUCUGGCUGGGGGAACACAACCAGAACCUCAGCUAUCACCUGGAGAUCCAAGACCAGACAGAAGAUGGACUUUUUUACAUAAAAAGCAUCUAUGAGGUCCAGAAGCCAGUGGUUAAUGUCACAUUUACACUAAAGAACCACCUCCUGAACCAGAACCUGCAGAGAUUGGUGUUCCUCAGCUAUGUUUCAGAUGAGGAUGGAGAUGGAAGCACUGCAAUCAUUAUUCUCUCAAUACUGAGUGUCAUUCUUUUUGCUGUUGUGAUGUUUUUACUAUUAAGAAAACAAAUAAAGCCCUACCUAUGAUC